GAGUCUCCUUUGUUUGUCCCCUAAAGAAAAUCGUUUCCAGAAAAGGCUAUUCGGGCCAGUAAGAUUCACCUGGGAUAUUGGAGGGCCCCCUCCCAUCAGAGAGGCGGGCCUGGGCGAGGCUGGGGUAUUUCUCUAGGCCUGCAGGGAUCUAGUUUAAUCUGCUAACAGGGAGAGAUAUCUGGGUGCUAGGGUGCGAGGUUGACCGGCUAACAGCACCAUCCUGAGGUGUCUUUAUAUUUCUAUAGAUUCUUGUGCCCUUCUGAGGCCCCCACCUUACUUUGUGUCCUUCACCCCUAGAUGUCUCUUCAUGAGACAGAGGGAUGAAGAGAAAGCAUAGUAGCCGUGAUUGGCCCUGGUUUUCCUCUUCUCUUCUCACGGUCUUCCCAGGGGAUAAACCAGACCCCGACACCAGUCCUCUGCUUCCCAGUUAGUUACUUUCACUUUUCCCCCUUUUGCGUCUCCUCUGACACUCAAAUAGAAGCACAAGAGGGGUCACCAGUGGCAACCCUCAACCUCCUUGCAGGCCAAAUUCUCUGUUGAUGUGGUCCUCACUGCAGGAGAGCUCUUCUGUGAUUAUCUAAUAAUAACCAGGGUGGCUGAGAAUAGAAUCUGGCUCAAGGACUCUGCACACUCAGGGCUGAGUCUGGGCAGAGACACUGAUCUGGGAUCACGGCCUGGCAACUUUUCCCAGAGCCCAGGGCCCCAGCGUUCCCCCAGCCCACUCUUUGGGCACCCCCAGACAUGCCCUUUAUAGGGCUUUGUCAGCCCUGCUAUCCACUCUAUUUCAUGCACCAGUUCCUAGCUAAAGAGAAAUGGGCAGAGCAAAUCCUUUUGCUCCUUGGUCUGAGAGUUGUGAUCCCCAUGGAGAAUUCGACCUUGUUUGGAGAAGGCAACCUUGUUGGGUUGGCUGUUGUGUUCUGAAACCAGGCUCUAGUUUUCUACAUGUGUCAUAUACAGGCUCAAGUGUACAGACUUAGAGACUCAUGCAUGAAUAUAUAGAGACUCAUGUUUCUUCAGUGGCUAAUUGUGUAUUACCAUGCCUAUAUUCAUUCAAACACCAUUUUAUGUGCAUGCAAAAUUUUGUUAGCCCUUACUAGUUGAGAGUGAGCUCCUGGGAGCACUGGGUACACCAAAGACACUCUCUGUGCUUUUCUGCUGGAAAUAUGUGUGCACUGGAAUCGGAGUAUGCGGGUUAUACUAACCAACGGAUGCUACAAGAACUUUCUCAGACAUUACUGCUUUUGCUGGUCAAGCACCAGGGCUGAGGGAAUACUAAACCCUUUCUGCUUUCCCGCCUCAUCUUCGUAUAUACGCCCCAAAUUUCAGACUAUCUUAGAAUGGGAACUCAGACAUCUUAAAAAUGAGGUUUAUGGGCUCUUUCGUGGGUGUGAUGAGCCUGUAAGCAGUUCUGAAGAGCCAGAGAUGGACUCUGGAUGUGAAAAUCUCCCUGGAGCUGUGCAGGGAUUAGAGUGGUUUAGUAAAGUGGCCCCCAGGUAGUGGUCUGGGAUGGCUUUGGUCAGGGUGCUUGGAGAAGCUGGUGAAUGGUAUAUGUGCUGCCGAAGUGAGCACAGAAGCUGGUGAAUGGAUAAAGCAAGCCAGAACUGAUUCGGUGAAUGAACAUUUCUUCCUCUUCCUGCAUGCCCUGCCCACUCAACCCCACUUCAGACUUGCCUGUGUGUUUAGGGGACUGAUUAGAAAUUCUCUAAAUCCCCCAAAUAUCCAAAUCUUGUUACUGGUGGGGCUGCAUUUUAAUUCUGUCUGCUACCUGAGCUAGGACAAGGCCAGACUAGCAGAGAAAGCUGGUGGAAGCUAUUUAGGAGCCUUCAAACUGGGCCCUGCUGGCUGGGGCCUGGAGUACUGAGUAUGCACUGCUGCUGGGAAUUAAUCGGGCUCCUUUCCCAGCCUUUCUUGUUUCCAGGGCCGGGAAGACAGGACAGAAGGAAAAUAUAAAUGUUAGUGGAAAGCUCUAUAAAAGAAAGUGAGGACAGGAAGGGAACUGGAGGGGUUUUCUCCGCUGCUUCCGAUGUACUAAGGUUCCUCCCAAGAAUCUCACGAGCAGACAAGCUGUGACCAGAGGCUGUAGUUUUCUUCCACCUUCCUUCUACCACCUCUGAGGGCUUUCGGGCCUUGGCCACUCUGGGCGCUGGGGUAACAUUACCCCCAGAAUGGUGCCCCUUACCCAGCCCAGGGCCUCUGCCACGGUGCUGCAGCCAUCCCUGUUUAUUGUGUCUGUGAGUUGUUUACUUGUUUUGUCUGCUGCCACCCUGUGUCUGAAACCCGCCAAACCAGCAAAUUUGCCUAGGAGAACAAAGUGCAGUGCGACCCCAAAUUCCCUCCCCCCCCAGCACCCUCCUCCUGCCCAUUCCAGCUCCCUAAUUCUCACUUUCUGAGGGAGGAAGCAGAAAUUGUCAUAAAAUAAGGCCGCUGAUUAUAGGGUCAGGGGAAUUAUGGGGACACCAUAAAGCUCCGGGUGUCCGGGUGUCCUAGUGGCGGAGAGACUUAUAAGCAGUCCUCCUCUUGCCUCCAGCUUUUCUUCCUUUCCCCUGGUAACUGCUUGGUUAAGGGGGCCACAGUCAUUGAGGAAGUUGAGCCUCUGUCAUCACACUUCUCCAUUUCUUUCUGCAGGAGAUUCUCUGAGGCAGAGGUUGUUGGUUUUAAAUCAGGGCAAUGUUGGAGGAUUCAUAAAGCUGGAUAAAGCCUGUGGUUCUCCCUUCACUCUCCACCCCUCAAAAUAGCAGCGAAUUUUUAAAAAUCCUAGAAAAUUAAGUUGCCCCUUCCCCAAAGAUCCUAUAAAUCUCCAAUCAUGCCAGGUGUAGUCAGAGAGGCUGCUGUUUGCCUUUAAUUUUUCUCCUGGCUCUCAAAUCUAAGAGUAUCAUCAAAGUAAGUAAUAUUCUUGUGUCUGAAAUUAACUCCCCCUCCCCAUCUCCUGCCCUCUUUUCACCAGCACAGAACAAAUGGGUCUUUCAGAUUGCAAACAGUAAAGGAUAAAAUUAUUUAUAGGGAAAUGAGGGUGAUGUUUUAUUGUUGGUUUAUUGUUCCAGAACAUAAUAACAUUUUAUUUUCAAGUGGGAGAAGUUAGACCAGGAAGAAGAGAAGGAAAGGGGAAAAAAAAGUGAGAGAAGGCUACGUGUGUGCCCACACACAAAGCUUCUGCAGCUGUACAUAACAUUUAUGACAUUUACAAUUUCCACAUGACAACUCACUGUGACGUCAUAAAUGCCAAGUUCUUGAUUUUUACAAUUCUCAUAAACCUCCAGAAUGGGUCCAAGCAAUGUUCCAUGUUGAGGGGAAGAAGAGAAACCAGGAAGUUGGGGAUCCUUUGCUCUAAUGCAUAGCAGCACACCCUUACUGUCCCUCCUUCAUCCUCUGAUAACCUCCUGAGGUCCUAAGAUAUUCUGAAUAUUCUGGAUUUUAACUUUUCCUCCUGGGCCAAGCGGGGCCACUUGCUUUGCCUUCCUGAAGUGUCCCAAGGUGUCUGAGCUCCUUCCCAGUCCCCAGCGGGGAUGAGGUGCUGAGUCCCCUCCUCAACUGAUAUUCAGCUGCUUGGGAUAAAGGUGGAAGACUUGAGGGAUAGGCCUCAAAAAGCCAGAAUUUUUUUUCCCAAAUGGAGACAGAAGAGGGCUCAGAGCUAAGUGUGGUGGAGCAGGGAUACUUGGGGCUUAUUUUAUUUUUUAAUCUUCAUCUGGAGAAGUGACUUGAAAAGCCAGAUAGAACACCAAUGCAAGGGUUUGUGUCUGUUGAUAGUAGCAGCAGUUAAAUGGGGUUCCAGUAAGGAAGAGCCAGGUGAAAAUACAGAAAGAGACAGGAGAGGAAAUAUGACAUGAGUUAGCAGAGUCCCUCCAUAUACCUUUUUUCUCUGUUGAAUUGCAAUAAAGCAAAAUCAGCUCCAGCAGUCUUUCAACCUCUUCUUAGCUCGAAAAACAGAGUCACCAGUGCAGGCCUCCGAGGUGUUUGGGGCAGUUCUCAGCAGUUUGACAUGCCCCAUCUGGCCCCUUUCUCCUACCCCCCUCCCAGAUGACCCCCAAUUCCCUUCAGCUGGCCAGCCUGAACCCUGUCCCCAGAAUAUCAGCACCCACAAAUGGCAUCUAUUUCCGGGUUGGGUGUGUCAAAUUUCACUUUUUCCUCAAGUGUUUUCAAGCCUGAACUUUGAAAGGAGGAGUGUUCCUGUAUGGAAUGCAGUCUGUAUGUGGAGGGAGUACUUGCCCAGAAAACUUCCCCUACCGUAUCUAUGAGAAACUGGGAGCCCUUUGGGUUAGCCAUGCUUUGGAGUCCCUCAGCAGACCAGUCCCAUGUGUUCACAUUCUCUGGCGGUCGGUGAAGCUCUCUGCAAUCCUUUUACUCCAUUCCAAGGAGAUCAAAGGAGCUCGUACACAAAACACCGGCCAUUUAGGGUAGGUUUAUUUUUAAUUUUUAAGUAAAAAAUGUAAUUGUAAGCCAGUGGGGCCCGCUGAGCAUUCACUCUAGAACAGCAAAGCCUUAACCAAAUAGAGCUCUUGUGAGGUGAGCUGAGCAAUUAUUGAAACUCGGCUUUCUCUGAAAGAGGGAUUUCGGCCUUUGCCCAGUGGCACAAAAGAAGACGGCAGGGCAACUGCUCUUCUCUGGCUCUGGAAAAUUGGGGAUGGUGUGAGACGGGUCUGGCAGAUGCAGUAGCUUCCAAGCAGCCAACUGCCUUGCCCAUGGAGCAUUGCGUCUUGCAACUCCAGUAUUGGGGUCCCUAAGCAGCCUCCGGAGGCGCCAAGCUGUAGUUGCCGGCGCCUCCGGCAGCCAGGAAUGGAGUAUGUAUAGCAGCGAAAGGGUGAGUCACAAACAUCCUCACAGAGCUAGGGAUCUGGAGAGAGGAGAGUGGCAGAACCCAAACUAAGGAGUACCUUUAGAAAAGAUUGUCCCCCAAAUAAAAAUUGCAUAUCUCAUCCUGUUCACCUCAAGUUUCCCUCCCCACGAAAUUAAAUUGAUAUAUUUCCGCACAGCAGAGUGAAAAGCAAAGGCAGACAAGGUGAGGCCUGCCCAAGAACUCUUCAGGGAGGGGGCCCAGUCCCAACCACCGGCUCCCCAGUUUAGAGCCUGAGACCUCCUAGCCUUUCUGUGGUCUGGAGCCAGGUAAGGCUGGCUGAAGUAAGAGCGCUUUCCCUAGGAAACCCCCAAGUGCCCAGUUCCAGUGCUACCCUUAGCCUUGGGGACUCUUGGCCAGUGACUGCACCCUACUCAGGCCCAAGGCACAGGCAGUAAAUUCCCCUCCUAUAAUUAGUGCUCAUGAAAAGCAUGUGUUUUGGAUUGGUGAUGGGGGGGGACUAGGGCAAUGAGCGGCAAACUUUCCCCCUUUAUUCCUUUUCUGCAUUUUCAAAUUCAGUUUUUUAAUCCACUAAUUACAGUUCCAAAAGGGAAAAUCUACUCUUGACACCAAGCUCCCUCGGUAUGCCUAAUGUGGAUUGCUGAGGGACCAGAGCAGCACAGAGACCUGCUGGCCGGAUGGGGGUGUUCUCUCAUUUCUCUCGGCUUGUUUUAUAGAAACAAAGAAAGAGUUAGCUCCCUCCUUCCCAAGACUUGUGCAUAUUUACAGAGCUCAAAUGCAGUUUUAAUAAAACAUCUGUUCUUGCUUCUGCUGAUGAGUUUCCAUAAUUGUUUUCAGACAAAUUUCACAGGAAAAUAUAAAUAUCUAGAAAAAUCCAAAUCCCAGCUGCCCCCCCACAGCCAUUCUUUGCCAAAAAAUAAAAUGAGCAUGAAAUGAAAAAGGAAAAUACAAUCCAAUGGAGGAAAGAUCGGGCUCAUCUGACCUGCUCUCCCCCCUUGGAGCGAAUCCUCCAGCAAAUUUCAGCUGCAUAAUUAAAGAUCUGGCUGAAAGGAGGCUUCUUUCCCCAGGAACAGAAGGUGAUGGAGGAGAAUGUGUUGGAAAUUAAUUUUUUCAAAGGUAUUUAAACAGUGGGAAAUUUAUUUGUAUUCCUGCUUCCCCUCCUCUCCCCCUUGCAGCAUUUCUGCCUUUUUCUCCAAGCAGCUGGUUUCUGUUCAUUAUAAAUUGGUGAGACCUUUCAGUCUCUGCCCUCCGUUUAGGGACAGAAUAAAGCACUUAACUUUCUGGGCCUGCAACUUACAUUCUGCUCCUCAGGUCGCCCACCCCGAAGCCCACCACCUUUAGGCCCCAAAGGAGAGUGUCCUCCAUUUGGGGGGCCCUUUCCUCUCCAGAUCUGGCUGAGGAAGGGCUCAAAGAAACUCAGACAUCCUUGCUGGGGGCGGUAGCACAUGCUUCCCCGAAGCUCCUUCUUUCUUUCAAGGUACCUCCCUCCCACUCAUAAAAGAGAUUUAAAAAUACAUAGAAAAUCAACACUCAUUGAAAGCAAAACCUCAUUAAGGCAUCCUAUCUUCCAUCAUUCAAUUUGUUGUACAUUGCAACAAUUUAAUAUCUUGAAAGAAAUACCACUGACAUGAUUUAUCCCCCUGGCAAUCUUGCUCCAAAAGGAGGGGGGAUUUACUAUUUCUUCCGGCCUCUUCUACUUGUUACACAGCUACCUUCAGGGCAGAAAGGAGGCUGAGAACUAUGAGAGAGGCUACUUUUGUCCAGGGUGCACUGACUUGUUCCUGAGCUCAGCCCCAGGGUACUCCCCCCUUGUUUUUCUCUCCCCCUGCCUCUUGUCCUCCAGGGGGACUGGAGCCCCAGCCAGCUGUUGGAAACCUCUGCCCAGGCAUGCUAUGAAUUUGAGGACAGCUGGAUUCAAGAGCAAAAAGUAACUCACAUUGGUGUCUAUGUUUGUGUACCUGCCAUGUCACCCCCAAAAGACAUAACUCCUCUUAAAAAUUUCUUUUUAAUGACGUCCUCCCCAACGUCGCCCUCAAUUCCACCGCCUAUGAUCCAGUGAGGCAUUUCUCGACCUAUGGAGCAGCCGUUGCCCAGAACCGGAUCUACUCGACUCCCUUUUAUUCGCCACAGGAGAAUGUCGUGUUCAGUUCCAGCCGGGGGCCGUAUGACUAUGGAUCUAAUUCCUUUUACCAGGAGAAAGACAUGCUCUCAAACUGCAGACAAAACACCUUAGGACAUAACACACAGACCUCAAUCGCUCAGGAUUUUAGUUCUGAGCAGGGCAGGACUGCGCCCCAGGACCAGAAAGCCAGUAUCCAGAUUUACCCCUGGAUGCAGCGAAUGAAUUCGCACAGUGGGGUUGGCUACGGAGCGGACCGGAGGCGCGGCCGCCAGAUCUACUCUCGGUACCAGACCCUGGAACUGGAGAAGGAAUUUCACUUCAAUCGCUACCUAACGCGGCGCCGGCGCAUCGAGAUCGCCAACGCACUCUGCCUGACCGAGCGACAGAUCAAAAUCUGGUUCCAGAACCGCCGGAUGAAGUGGAAAAAAGAAUCUAAUCUCACCUCCACACUCUCGGGGGGUGGCGGAGGUGCCGCCGCCGACAGCCUUGGCGGAAAAGAGGAAAAGCGGGAAGAGACAGAAGAGGAGAAGCAGAAAGAGUGACCAGGACUGUCCUUGCCACCCCUCUCUCCUCCCUGGCUCAUCCCAACUCUCCCCUAAUCACACACUCUGUAUUUAUCACUGGCACAAUUGAUGUGUUUUGACUGCCUAAAACAAAAUAAGGAAGUCAAAAGUGGACCUGAAAGUCAGCUCUGGACCCCCUCCUUCUCCACACAACUCCUCACCACGCGUCUCCUCCUCCUCCUAGCUUGUUCUCAGCGUGUCUGCAGGCCCCUUCCCCCGCCCAGGCCUGGGGGGCACGUUCCCUGAACCUCGCUUCAGGCUCCACAGAUUUUCCUCCGAUUGAGAUCGUGCCCCCCCUUCCUUCGACGCCCCCCCCCCCAGAGAGCCGGCUCCGAGCCUGGGGCCUCC